AUGGACGUGGACGUGGACGUGGACGUGGACGUGGACGUGGACGUGGACGUGGACAUGGGCGUGGACAUGGACGUGGACGUGGACGUGGACGUGGACGUGGAGACUUGGACGUGGACAUGGACGUGGACGUGGACGUGGACAUGGACGUGGACGUGGACGUGGACGUGGACAUGGACGUGGACGUGGACAUGGACGUGGACAUGGACGUGGACGUGGACAUGGAUGUGGACGCGGACAUGGUCGUGGACGUGGACGUGGACGUGGACGUGGACAUGGACGUGGACGUGGACAAGACGUGGACGUGAACAUGGACGUGGACAUGGACGUGGACGUGGACAUGGACGUGGACGUGGACGUGGACGUGGACGUGGAGAACUUGGACGUGGACAUGGACGUGAACGUGGACCUGGACAUGGACAUGGACGUGGACGUGGACGUGGACGUGGACGUGGACGUGGACGUGGAGGUGGACGUGGACGUGGAGGUGGACGUGGAGUGGAUGUGGACGUGGACGUGGACGUGGACGUGGACGUGGACGUGGACGUGGACAUGGACGUGGACGUGGACAUGGACGUGGACGUGGACGUGGACAUGGACGUGGACGUGGACAUGGACGUGGACGUGGACAUGGACUUAGACGUGGACGUGGACGUGGACGUGGACGUGGUCGUGAACGUGGACGUGGUCGUGGACAUGGACUUGGACGUGGACAUGGACGUGGACGUGGACGUGGACGUAGACAUGGACGUGGACCUGGACGUGGACGAGGACGUGGACGUGGACAUGGACGUGGACGUGGACGUAGACAGGGACAUGGACUUGGACAUGGACGUGGACGUGGACAUGGACGUGGACGUGGACAUGGACAUGGACAUGGACGUGGACGUGAACGUGGACGUGGACAUAGACGUGGACGUGGACGUGGACAUGGACACUUCCACUUCCGAUACUGACCGACCUGGCCAAUGCACCAUUUUCUCUAUACAUGUGCAUUGA